AUGCGAGCGUGCUCCUCAUCGGCGGCGGCGUGCUCGUCAUCAGCGGCAGCCCGCUCGUUAUCGGCGGCAGCGUGCUCGUCAUUGGCGGCAGCGUGCUCGUCAUUGGCGGCAGCGUGCUCGCCAUCGGCGCCAGCGUGCUCGUCAUCGGCAGGCAGCGUGCUCGUCAUCAGCGGCAGCGUGCUCGUCAUCGGCGCCAGCGUGCUCGUCAUAGGCGGCAGCGUGCUCGUCAUCGGCGGCAGCGUGCUUGUCAUCGGCGGCAGCGUGCUCGUCAUCAGCCACGGCGUGCUCGUCAUCCGCCGCAGCCUGCUUGUCAUCAGCCGCAACCUGCUCGUCAUCGGCCGCAGCCUGCUCAUCAUCAGCCUCAGCCUGCUCGUCAUUGGCCGCAGCCUGCUCGUCAUCGGCCGCAACCUGCUCGUCAUCAGCCGCAGCCUGCUCGUCAUCGGCCGCAGCCUGCUUGUCAUAAGCCGCAGCCUGCUCGUCAUCGGCCGCAGCCUGCUCGUCAUCGGCCGCAGCUUGCUCGUCGUAGGCCGUAGCCUGCUUGUCAUCGGCCGCAGCCUGCUUAUCUUCGGCCGCAGCCUGCUCGUCAUCGCCCGCAGCCUGCUCGUUUUCGGCCGCAUCAUGUUUGUCAUCGGCCGCAGCCUGCUCGUCAUCGGCCGCAACUUGCUCGUCAUCGCCCGCAGCCUGCUCGUCAUCGGCCGCAGCCUACUCGUCAUCGGCCGCAGCCUGCUCGUCAUCGGCCGAAGCCUGCUCGUCGUCGGCCGUAGCCUGCUUGUCAUCGGCCGUAGCCCGCUCGUCUUCGGCCGCAGCCUGCUCGUCAUCGGCCGCAGCCUGCUCGUUGCAGCAUGCUCGUCAUCAGCGGCAGCGUGCUCGUCAUCGGCGGCAACAUGCUCGUCAUCGGCGGCAGCGUACUCGUCAUUGGCCGCAAGGUGCACGUCAUCGGCCGCAGCGUGCUCGUCAUUCGGCUGCAGCCUGCUCGUCAUCGGCGGAAGCCUGCUCGUCAUCGGCCGUAGCCUGCUCGUCAUCAGCCGCACCCUGCUCGUCUUUUGCCGUAGCCUGAUUGUCAUCGGCCGCAGCCUACUCGUCAUCGACCGCAGCCUGCUCGUCAUCGGCCGCAGCCUGCUCGUCAUCGGCCGCAGCUUGCUCGUCAUCGGCCGCAGCCUGCCCGUCAUCGGCCGCAGCGUGCUCGUCAUCGGCCGCAACUUGCUCGUCAUCGGCCGCAGCGUGCUCGUCAUCGGCCGCAACCUGCUCGUCAUCGGACGCAGUGUGCUCCUCAUCGGCCGCAGCCUGCUCGUCAUCAGCCGCAGCCUGCUCGUCAUCGGCCGCAGCCUGCUCGUCAUAGGCCACAGCCUGCUCGUCAUCGGCCGAAGCGUGCUCGUCAUCGGCCGCAGCCUGCUCGUCAUCGGCCGCAGCCUGCUCGUCAUCGGCCGCAACCUGCUCGUCAUCUGCCGCAGCCUGCUCGUCAUCGGCCGCAGCCUGCUCGUUAUCAGCUGCAGCGUGCUCAUCAUCGGCCGCAGCCUGCUCGUCAUCGGCUGCAACCUGCUUGUCAUCGGCCGCAGCGUGCUCGUCAUCGGCCGUAGCCUGCUCGUCAUCGGCCGCAGCCUGCUCGUCAUCGGCCGCAGCCUACUUAUCAUCGGCCGCAGCCUGCUCGUUAUCGGCCGCAGACUGCUCAUCAUCAGCCGCAGCUUGCUCGUCGUAGGCCGUAGCCUGCUCGUCAUCGGCCGCAGCCUGCUUGUCUUCGGCCGCAGCCUGCUCGUCUUCGGCCGUAGCAUGUUUGUCAUCGGCCGCAGCCUGCUCGUCAUCGGCCGCAGCUUGCUCGCCAUCGCCCGCAACCUGCUCGUCAUCGGCCGCAGCCUACUCGUCAUCGGCCGCAGCCUGCUCGUCAUCGGCCGCAGCCUACUCGUCGUCGGCCGUAGCCUGCUUGUCAUCGGCCGCAGCCUGCUCGUCUUCGGCUGCAGCCUGCUCGUCAUCGGCCACAGCCUGCUCAACAUCGGCCGCAGCCUGCUUGUCAUCGGCCGCAGCCUACUCGUCAUCGGCCGCAGCUUGCUCGUCAUCGGCCACAGCCUGCUCGUCAUUGGCCGCAGCCUGCUCGUCAUCGACCGCAGCCUACUCGUCAUCGGCUGCAGCCUGCUCGUCAUCGGCCGCAGCCUGCUCGUCAUCGGCCGUAGUGUGCUCGUCAUCGGCUGCAGCCUGCUCGUCAUCGGCCGCAGCCUGUUCAUCCUUGGCCGCAACCUGCUCGUCAUCGGCCGCAGCCUGCUCUUCAUCGGUCGCUGCCUGCUCGUCAUCGGCCGCAGCCUGCUAGUGAUCGGCCGCAGCCUGCUCGCGAUCGAUCGCAGUGUGCUCCUCAUCGCCAGCAGCCUGCUCGUCAUCGACCGCAGCCUGCUCGUCAUCGGCCGCAGCUUGCUUGUCAUCGCCCGCAGCGUGCUCAUCAUCGGCCGCAGCGUGCUCGUCAUCGGCCGAAGCCUGCUCGUCAUCGGCCGCAGCCUGCUCGUCAUCGGCCGCAGCCUGCUCGUCAUCGGCCGCAGCUUGCUCGUCGUAGGCCAUAGCCUGCUCGUCAUCGGCCGCAGCCUGCUCGUCUUCGGCCGCAGCCUGCUCGUCUUCGGCCGCAGCUUGCUCGUCUUCGGCCACAGCAUGUUUGUCAUCGGCCGCAGCCUGCUCGUCAUCGGCCGCAGCUUGUUCGUCAUCGCCCGCAACCUGGUCGUCAUCAGUCGCAGCCUACUCGUGAUCGCCCGCAGCCUGCUCGUCAUCGGCCGCAGCCUGCUCGUCGUCGGCAGUAGCCUGCUCGUCAAUGGCCGCAGCCAGCUCGUCUUCAGGCCGCAGCCUGCUCAUCAUCGGCCGCAGCCUGCUCGUCGUCGGCCGCAGCUUGCUCGUCGUCGGCCGUAG